UUAUUCAACUCUACAUAAAACUCAAAACUAAACUUAUGAAAUUAACCAACCCAAAAUUCAACAUUCAUCAAACCAAGUCAAUUCUCACCUUCCUUCCUUCCUUUAUACAUCAAAUCAACCACCACUUUCUUUCAUCUUCCCCUUUUUCUAUACACAAAAAUGGAUUCAGCAAGUAGCAUGGAUAAUGAAAGUUCUUCCACAACCGACUCUCUACUCAACAAUGUCCGUACAUCUCUCCCCACAGCUUCCAUAACCAAACCUUCACCCUCAGUCACACCAAGAAGUGGGACCCUAUGCCGGAUGGGAAGUGGAACGAGCAUCAUAAUCGACUCCGAAAACGGAGUCGAAACCGAGUCAAGGAAGCUACCAUCCUCAAAAUACAAAGGGGUGGUCCCACAGCCUAACGGCCGGUGGGGUGCACAAAUCUACGAGAAACACCAGCGUGUCUGGCUCGGGACCUUCAACGAAGAAGACGAAGCCGGCCGAGCAUACGACGUCGCCGCCCGACGUUUCCGUGGCCGCGACGCCGUAACUAAUUUCAAACAACUAUCAAUUGAUCAGGAUGAUCCUGACGGUAUCGCAGAGCUACAAUUUAUAAACUCUCGAUCAAAAUCAGAGAUCGUGGAUAUGCUUAGAAAACAUACGUACCUAGACGAGCUUCAGCAAAACAUACGUAAUUUCAAAAUUAACGUCGACAAAACGACGUCGUAUAAAUCGAAACAGGAUAAUGAAAUUGGGAGAUUUUGUAGGGAAGAUUUGUUUGAGAAAGUGGUCACUCCAAGUGAUGUAGGGAAAUUGAAUCGAUUGGUUAUUCCGAAACAACACGCCGAGAAAUACUUCCCCCUUGAAACGAUUUCGAGCAGCAGUAAUGGCGUGUUGCUUAACUUUGAGGAUGUGAAUAAGAAGGUAUGGAGGUUUCGGUACUCAUACUGGAAUUCUAGCCAGAGUUAUGUGUUGACGAAAGGGUGGAGUCGGUUUGUGAAGGAGAAGGGUUUGAAUGCUGGGGAUGUUGUUACGUUUCAGAGAUCCAGUGCAGGAUUAGAUAAACAGCUUUAUAUUGAUUUUAAGAAAAGGGGUUGUGGUAAUGGGUCUGGAUCCAUGGGUCCAGUGAUCCGGUUGUUUGGGGUGGAUAUAUGUGAUGUUCCGAUUGGGAUUAGUGUAAAUAUGGCGGUUGAAGAAAGUGGGAUUGGGAAGAGAUUUAGGGAAGUGGAGUUAAUGGCGCCUAUGGAGUCAUGUAGGAAGAAGCAGAUGGUGGUUGCAGCCUUGUGACGUCUAAUUUUUUUUUGUAUUUUUUUUUAUUUUGAUGAGUAUGUACAGGAUAAGCUGAAGAAAAUCGACGGGUAAAAGGCGAUGAUAGUCAUCAUCAUUAACCUAAUAAGUAAUAUUCCGCUCGAAAACAGGGUCUGGAUGCGAAAAGAUGACAAAUAAUUUAUAUCCGUACAGAGAGUAAUAGAGGAAAGCGGUCAAUUUUACCUCAAAAAGUGAGAACCCUACAUAGAAUCGAAAAUAGUGAGAAUCGAAUUUAAAUUUCUCUGAUGGAGAUAAGAUUGUCCGAUUCUUAAAUUUAGUAUUUUUUUGAAUUUUUUUUUUAUAAAUUUAGUUGUUUAGUAUGGAGAUAGGGUGGUGCAAGUUGCAAUAUGUAAAUUAGUAUAACAAGUUAACAAUCAAAAAAAAGAAGGAAGAAGAUCCAAUGAGAAAUGAAGGGGUGGGAAAAAUAAAAGGGAAAUUAUCAAUAGUAUUCUUGUGUUUUGACAUUUUAUUUUUGAUAAUUCUAUGUUUAUUCUAUUAUCAAUUGUACCCCCAGCAUUUCAUGCUAAUUACAACUGUGAUAUUAUUCAA